AAGGAUGGAGAGGAAAUUUCCGGAUAGAGUAGAAGACCUUACUUGUCUCUUUGCUGAAUUUGGACAACUUGCAGCGAAAUAUAAAGCCGUGGAUUUGGCAAUAGGUACUCCAGAGCAAGAUCCUCCUCAAUUUUUAAAGGAUCAGCUUAUUGAAGCAGUGCAUACAGGACCACACCAGUAUCAUCACCCUAGAGGUUACCCACCACUUAGAGAAUCUUUAGCAAAGCAUUACUCAGAAUAUUACAAAGUUCUGGAAAGAGAUCUCGACCCACAGACUGAAAUCCUGGCGACAGCUGGUGGAGUAGCUGGCCUAUACUGCUCAUGAAUGGCUCUUCUUUGAGAAGGAGAUGAGAUCGUCUCUUUUGAGCCUUUCUGGCCUGGCUUCAUCAACAUCGCAAAACCAGCUGGAGCAACUUUGAAGGGAGUUCCGCUAAAAAUGGUAAAAGAUACUGAAUCAAAGACAAUUUCCUGGGAAUACGAUUGGGAUCUUCUGGAAGAAACUCUUAGUGAGUCCACCAAAAUGCUCAUGUUGAUAAACCCUCAGAGCCCGGGAGGCAGAGUCUUCACUGAAGAAGAGAUAGCAAAGAUAUCUGAAAUUAUUGACAGAAAGUGCCCAAACUGCUACGUCCUUUGUGAUGAUGUAUAUGAUUUCUUACGUACAUUUUGCUAA